CCCGGGGCUCUCUGAGGCGCGGGCACGCCGCGGCGCGCGUCCGCCCGCCUGCUCGCGCUCAUGGAGCCGCCUUGGGAAAUCGAGCUCGAGCUACGAAGGCAUAUCGAGAGCUGUGCCUGCACCUGCGACCACAUGGGCUAUGGAAACUACAUGGACUACCAGGUGGCGCCGGCUGCUCACCCCUGUAUAUGCCGCGCGAUAACCUCACCCCACGCCCACGCGGCAGUUCCAGAAGGCAUGACAUUUCCUGGUUCUAUACCCGAUGUAGCGGAACGAUGUGGUCGCUGGGCUCCAGAUUCACUAUCAGCUUCCGCGUCAGGCAGCUCUGACGAAAAGCCAACGCCGCGGCGGCCACGAUGGAAAAUUGCCCUCGCUGGGCUUGUGGUGUUGGCUGGCCUCGGCGCUGCGCUAGCACUGCCUCUCAUUCUUGGCAGUGGGGGGCGAGCCACAUCCGAACAGCGGCUCACCACUGUGAGGAGAAUGUUACGUGACUUCCCUCUCGUCGAUGGCCAUAACGAUUUGGCGUGGAACGUUAGAAAAUUCUUACAUAACAAAAUAGGAGAUUUUAAUUUAAGUGCCGGUUUAGAAAGUCUGGAGCCGUGGGCUCGUUCGCGCUGGUCGCACACCGACAUUCCACGGCUGCGGUUGGGGCAGGUCGGUGCACAGUUCUGGUCAGCUUAUGUACCCUGCGGAGCGCGGGAUAAAGACGCUGUCCAGCUAGCCUUGGAGCAGAUGGAUGUAAUUAAAAGAAUCGUGGAUAUGAACGCCGCACAUCUCGCUUUAGUUACUGACGCUGCAGAGUUAUUAGAAGCGCAUCGUGAUGGACGAAUAGCUUCACUCAUAGGAGUAGAAGGCGGUCAUGCUCUUGGGGACUCCCUUGCGGUACUUCGCGCUUUCUAUCAACUGGGCGCUCGUUAUCUCACUGUCACUCAUACUUGUGAUACUCGAUGGGCGCGCGCCGCUGGCACCUCCGGUGGACUCACAGAGUUCGGGCGCGCCGUAGUGCGUGAGAUGAAUCGCCUCGGUAUGAUAGUUGAUCUUUCACAUGCUGGUGAGGAAACAGCGCGUGAUGCACUGGAAACUACUCAAGCACCUGUAGUAUUUUCACAUUCAGGAGCCGCUGCAAUAUGCAACUCUUCCCGCAAUGUUCCAGAUGAUCUAUUGCGAAUGAUUGCUGCCAAUGGGGGUGUCGUAAUGAUUAAUUUCUAUGCCAAAUUAAUAACGUGUGGGGAGAGAGCGACGGUGGAAGAUGUGGUAGCGCACAUAAAUCACGUCCGUCGAGUAGCUGGAGUAGAGCAUGUGGGGCUAGGGGCAGGCUAUGAUGGCAUUGACGCUCCUCCAGAGGGUUUAGAAGAUGUAUCAAAAUAUCCCCAUUUAUUGGCCGAGUUGUUGCGAGAUCCAGACUGGAGCGAAGAUGACGUGCGGAAACUUGCAGGAAUGAAUGUGGUCCGUGUGAUGCAAGAUGUAGAGAGAGUGCGCGAUCAAUGGCGUCGCGCGGCGGUGCUGCCGGGCGAAGAAUCUCCCGGAGUCCGGUCCAGCGACUGCAUCUAUAGGCCUGCGUGACGUAGGCUCCGAGCCGCGCGUUCCCGCGGCCCUCCUCGUACUGCUCAAUAUUGACAUUUGUUGAAAGUAGUUAUAAAAUAUGUAUAUUAGUGUCCAAAUGUGAUUUAGCGAAGUAAUCUUUACCUGACCUCGAUGCACAAAUUGUUUAGCUAAGGAGCCGUACGCGCUGGGCGCUUCGUCUCGGCGUCGGCACGCGGUCCGAUCGCUUAACUCUCCUCCAUCCAUGCACACGACUUCGUUGACGAAAGCCCAAUGCGACUCGGAUUUAUAUGACGUGAGCCAAUGAAGAUAUAAAAGGAAUAAAGUGUUUAUAGAAAAAUAAAUAUUCUUUAUUUAUAA